AAAAGUUUGGCGAAGGAAGAACACGGUGCAGCAGACAAGGCGCUCUCUCCCUAUCUCUCUCUGUUCGCAGAUCUAUCGUCUUUAGUCUUCUCAUUUCUCUCCUCGAUCUUUCCUUUCCUUCUCCGUUUAAAAUCCGUCUAUUUCUCUGGCUCUCUCUCGAUAUCUUUUAAUCCUUCUUCCUUGCUCUGAAAUCUCCAAGCACUGUUUCUGUCAACUGUGUUUUAUCUGACGCGAAAAACUGUCAUUUAAAACCCUAGUUACUGAAGAUUAGGGUUCGGUAUACUAUACCUGUCAGUGGAUCUGCGACCCAAAAUCUUUGUUUUUGGCUACUGCAUGCUUUUCUAGAAAAAGGGAGCGAGCAGGAGACUGAAAAUGUCCUCUUCUUACCCUGGACGUGUCAGUGCCACUCAGGUGGGGUCGUACUUUGUGGGACAGUACUAUCUAGUUCUUCAGCAACAGCCCGAUCGUGUUCAUCAGUUCUACACCGAAGGCAGCACCAUGAUACGAGUCGAUGGAGAUUCAAGCGAGUCCGCCUCUGCAAUGCUAGAAAUCCAUACACUUCUCAUAUCACUAAAUUUUACUGCAAUUGAGAUCAAGACAAUCAACUCUCUUGAUUCUUGGAAUGGAGGUGUUUUGGUGAUGGUUUCAGGAUUGGUUAAAACCAGAGAUUUCAGUGGAAGGAGAAAUUUUGUGCAGAGCUUUUUCCUUGCUCCUCAAGAGAAGGGUUACUUCGUUCUCAAUGAUAUCUUUCAGUUUGUUGAUGAUGGAAGAAUAUACCAACAUCAAGCACCCAUUCCAUUAGAAGGCAAUUUCGACACGCAAUCAAAUCCUUCUAACACUCUUCCAGAGCCGCCAGCAGUUUCUGACUAUGUGGAAGAGGCCCAGGACUAUGUGAAUUCAAUCCACAUAGAAGAUGAUCUAGUUGAUAAGUACAGUCUACCAGAGCAACAGCAGCAAGAGGACUAUGAGACUGAAAUUGUGGUGGAGGAAACUCCUGUAGAGGAGCCAUCUCCUUCAUUUCAAAGCAUGAUAAACACUGUGCACGAAGCCCCUGCUCCAGCUGUGGAGGAAUCAGUGGGAGAGGCACCAAAGAAAACUUAUGCUGCUAUUCUGGGAGUUUCUAAAGGACAGGCUGCAUCAUCAGUUGCAUCCCAGCCAUCUUUACGCAAAAGUUCUCCAGCUGUAUCAGACUGGAAUCAUACACCGCUGCCUGCUGCUCAGCAGUCAAACUUUGUGCUGUCAUUUGUGCCUGAAGCUGGGGUAGAUGUAGUGGAGGAGGGUCUGACAGUGGAAGAAGAAGAAGGUGAACCGAAGUCUGUCUAUGUGAGAAACUUGCCUUCUAAUGUUAGAGAAGCAGAAAUUGAGGAAGAAUUCAAGAACUUUGGCCAAAUAAUACCUGAUGGAAUCUUUAUUAGGUUUCGCAAGGAAAUUGGACUCUGUUAUGCUUUUGUCGAGUUUGAAGACCUUAUGGGCGUUCAAAAUGCACUCAAGGCAUCUCCAAUACAAUUGGCUGGAAGGCAAGUCUACAUUGAAGAGAGGAGACCAAACAGCAGCAGUGCUUAUCGAGGUGGAAGAAGGGGUAGAGGAAGAGGAAGUUACCAAACAGAGGCCCCAAAGGGGCGUUUUGGUGCUCGGAGCUUGGGCAGGGGAAGCAAUCAGGAUAGUGGUGAAUACAACAGACUAAGAGGCAAUGAUUUUUAUCAGCGUGGUUCACGAUGAGAUAAAAAAGACUGGCAAUCAAGUAUCUACCGAGAGGCGAAACUAUUCAUGGGCCAAACUUAGUUUUUGGAUUUGGGAGUUAUUUCAGCUUUUCGGGCUCAUCUAGAUCACACACUUUCCUCCUAGUGGUUCCAGGAAAUAUGUCGUACUUUCAGGUGUGCCAUUUUACGUGAAUGGGAUUUGUGAGAAACUUGUUUGUGUUGUUUCUUGUAUGUUGUUUUUCCCCGAUGAAUGAGUUUUAUCAUGCAAUUCAAGUGGGAUUUUUUUCGCUAAGCAUUUAAGUCACAUGUUUUCAGGAAAACAUGUUUGCUUCCCUAAUGGGUGACCCUAGGUUCUUAUCACAGUAUAUGACUCUUUUUAUUGGUCUGUGAAUCCAUGCUUACCUCUAUUCUCAUA